UUUAUAAUUAACUUAUAAACAAUUGCAGUGUGAAAUUUCACUUUAGAAGGCAGCAAAACGCAAAAAAGAAGCUGCCACACAGCGCACACUCGCUCCAGCUCUCCCACACACACGCAGGCGAGCGUGUGGAGACCGUGAUUUGUAUUCGUGUGGAGACUGCUCUCUCUCGCUCUUUUGGGGCUGCCCGAAAACAAAGUUUUGGCGCCAAAAGUUUGACAGUUCGCUUUGGCGUGCGAUUCGCAAACAAGUGGCGAGAAAUCUGCGUCCCAAAACAGAGCAGAAAAACAUUAAAAACAGAUACUAGACUACUAAAUCAAGAUGGUCAGUGCCCGAGUCCUGAACCCCGUGAUGCUGAGCGAGUUCUGCAAGAUGAGCAGCAGUCCGGCGGUUAGUCGCAACUUGCCCUGCGGUCGCCAGUUGAAUCGCAUCAAGCGUGACCUCUUCGGCAGCUCCAAAUCCGCCGAGGGUUCCACCAACAAAACACCCUUCAAUGCCGAACUGGAGCGCCACCAGGAAAUGGCCACGCAAAAGUGGGGCUUCGACUUCCGCGCCGGCUGCCCACUGGCCGAGAAAUCCUCCUUCAUCUGGGAACGCGUCAGCUUCCAGGAGUCCAGCUUCGCCCCGGAGAUGUACACCCUCACCCGGGCCGCCCACGUUCGUCCAUCCGCCGACAGCAGUCCCAGCGACAUGGACGUCCUGGUCAACGAGCGCUCCGAGCGCGAGAACUUUGGCUCCAACCUGGUCAACUCCUCGCUAGAGUCCAACACGGAUAAUGACUCCUGCUACGACUCCCAGGACGAGUCGCUGACGACGCGAUUCAGCUCCUCCAACUUGGCCAGCACCUCCUCGAUCGUCCUGCGCAAGCGACAGCCAAAAAUCACAGAAUUCAUGAAGGAGCGCAAGCGUUUGGCUCAGGCCCCCAAGAAACUAUCGCCCGCAAAGCGCCUGCGCACCAGUUCUCCCAGCUCAUCCGCCAGCUCGAGCUCCAGCGGAGGAUUCGGAUUGGGGACGCACUUCGGGGCGAUGCUGAAGCGCCCGCGCCACAACUAACGCUCCGGAUUCGCUGGCCAACCCACCGAAUUGCAAUUUGUAAUUUUACAUAUGAUUUUUUUAUAAGCCACUGCGAUUGUGUAGUAUUUCAUAAUUUUUUAUUACGAACCUUUUUAUGCAGUGCAAGGGCGACAGUUGCGAAUAUUAAUCGUUAGUCUUCAACUACUCGUAACCAGUAAUUAGUUGUAAGCCAACCAGUAAGCUCGAGCUACAUGAAACUUUUUAGAUUUCUCUAGUGAGAAAUGCCAUAAACUAAGUGAUUAGUUCUUAACAACAACCAACUAUUGAACUAGAAGAGAGAGAGACCACAAGCUAAAUGGAAUUAGUCUUAACUAUCUUGAAGCCAACCGAAAUUUAACCUUUAUAACGAUGGAAUACUAACUUUAUAUAACUUUGUAAAAUCCCUUCAAAACUCUUUGGCAACUUUUGCAUUUGAAAUUUGCCAGGAAAACAAAACUUAACCCUGUUCUGGCCUGCCAGCUUGUCCAAAAACUGUAACUCGGGCCAGAACAGAAUUGAAUUUUGUUUUGCACUUUUGGGUCGCUAAAACGGAGCCCCAAUAAGCCGGUUUUCGGCUCAUUGCCGCCUUGUUUUUUCGACCUACUAACCUUGUCCCCAAUUCGACCAGUGAAA